ACGUCCCCCCCCCCCACUCGUCCCCAUCCCGGCCGAGUGAGCGGGCGAGUGGCGCGGGCACUUGGGCCGCGCCGGAGGAGUGGGAAGUCUUCGGGCUCCGCGUCCGCCUGUGUCCCCCCUCCGCUGCCCCCUAGGCGCCCCACCUCGACAAGUAACGACAACAAAGCUCGUUGUGAGCGCAAGACGGGCAAAGGCGCAGAAGGCUGCGAGAGCGAGCGAGCGGGCGGGCGUGCGGGCACCUCCACAUCCUCCUCGCUCCCCUCCCCCCCAACAACCUUGCCGUGGACUGCUGCCAAACCAAUCCAUUUGUUGCACUGCGGUUAUUUUGGCUGGGAAAGAAGGUUUUCUGUUGUGCUCCAAUAAGUUCAAGGAAGAUCAACAUCGUAACCACUCGUCUGCUGUGGCAGUAUGUCUACAACAUCUGCAGACAACUCCAAUGCAGCAGCCAUGGAGCAGGUGCUGAAGACGUUGCCGGACAUGCCCCGCACUGCCAGCGCGAAGGAGACUGACCUCAUUUUCCUGAAAGGCCUCAUGGAGAGCCCCGUGGUGCAGUGUCUGGCCAAGGCUCAGGGCAAGCUUGAGGAACCCAAGCUAGAAGCGGUGAGCGAGAACAACCUAGAGCUGGUCAAGGAGAUCCUGGAGGACAUCUCCCCGAUGACGGAACGAGACAACAGCGCUGCUGAGCUCGCCACCAUCCUCCAGGAGCCUCACUUUCAGUCGCUUCUGGGAGCCCAUGACUCGGUGGCCUCCAAAAGCUACGAGUGCCUCCCGUGCAGCCCGCACCUCAAUGCGGACAGCGGCGAUGAGCUCGGCGCACUCGAGUCGGGAGUGACAGACGCCAUCCGCAUGGUCGGGAUUCGCAAGAUGGAGGGAGAGCCCCUGGGCGUAACGUUCCGCGUGGAGAGCAACGAGUUGGUGAUCGCGCGCAUCCUGCGGGGCGGCAUGAUCGACCAGCAGGGCCUCCUGCACGUGGGCGACGUCAUCCGCGAGGUCAACGGCUGCGACGUCAGCAAUGACCCCGUAGGGCUGCAGCGCUACCUGCGCGAGGCCACGGGCAGCGUCGUGCUCAAGAUCCUGCCCAGCUAUACGCUGCCGCAGAACCCCGCACCGCAGCUCUUUGUGAAGUGCCAGUUUGACUACAACCCUGCGGAUGAUCAGCUGAUACCAUGCAAGGAGGCGGGCCUCAAGUUCAGCCAGGGGGACGUGUUGCAGAUCGUGAGCCAGGAUGACCCCGACUGGUGGCAGGCAUGCAAGGCACAAGACGGGGGCAGUGCAGGCCUGGUGCCCAGCCAGACGCUGGAGGAAAAGCGGAAGGCGUACGUGCGGCAGGAGAUGAACUUCACGAGCGCCUCCGGUGAGUGUGCGGCGUCUCGCCUCCCGGAGGGGCCUAACCAAGGAGGAGCCUUGUGUGGAGUCUUGGGUGGAAAGAAGAAAAAGAAGCUGAUGUACAUGUCCACCAAAAACGCAGAGUUUGACCGUCAUGAGAUCCUUAUCUACGAAGAGAUGGCCAAGAUGCCCCCCUUCCAGCGGAAGACAUUGGUGCUGAUUGGAGCACAGGGUGUCGGUCGAAGGAGCCUGAAGAAUCGCCUCUUGGUAUCCGAGCCAUCGCGAUAUGGCAUGACCAUACCCUUUACCUCGCGGAGGCCACGGGACGACGAGAAGGACGGCCAGGGCUACCACUUCGUGGCGAGGGCCGACAUGGAGGUGGACAUUAAAUCUGGCCGCUACCUUGAAAGCGGCGAGUACGAGGGAAACCUGUAUGGCACCAAGAUCGAGUCGAUCCACGGCGUGGUGCGUGCCGGCAAGAUGUGCAUCCUGGACGUGAACCCCCAGGCACUGAAGCUACUGCGGACGGCCGAGUUCAUGCCCUACGUGGUGUUCAUCGCUGCUCCAUCGGUGGAGAUCCUCCGCUCUAUGCACAAGGCAGCACUGGAUGCUGGCCUCACCGCAAAACAUCUCACCGAUGCUGACCUGAAGAAGACGGUGGAUGAGAGCACCCGCAUUCAGCGGGCAUACAUCCACUACUUUGACCUGACGAUAGUCAACGACAACAUGGACGAGGCCUUUGCAAAUCUGCGCGCUUACCUCGAGAGGCUGGUCAAGGAGCCCCAGUGGGUGCCAAUCGGCUGGGUGUACUGACAGGGGCAUUCACGAGAAAGGCCCAUCGGUCAUCACAUCAGCUCACUGGUCUGCCCCUUGUGAACCUUAGCCACGUGCUGUGUGGGGGGGCACGCGAGGUUGCCACUCUGUCGAGGAUACUGGUGGCGGCCUUUGAUUUCAAAGCCAGGUGGGCUCGGUGGAGAAGAUUCCUCUUGAGUUGCCCAUCACACGUUUCAUGGGAGCGUAGGAGCGUAGCGGAUUAUGUGGCAUGCAAAUGCCGUGCUUGGGGAUAACCAAAUGAAAGCUUAGCACCGGUUUUGUAAAGUUGACACCUGUUCACUUCACUUGUGUCCACUGAACCGGGUUUGCUUCAUUUGUUUUUGCUUGUUGAUAGGGACGGUUUACCUUGUGUGACUAGCAGUAAAGGUUCAAAGAGAUUAUUGUGUGUUCCAUUGCACUGGACACAUGCAAUGUGUUGUCUCAUGCCAGCCUGUGCGUAUAAUGGUGCUGUUUAUUUCUGUAAAAUUAGCUCCAGGCAAACCUUUAUCAAACCUUUAAGUCCACCUUUUACAACUAUAUUAUGUUAUUGUUAAUUCAGAAUUCAGAGCAUUCAUCUCACAAAUGACGUCUGUUCAUGUUGUAAUACAGCAGCAGUGGUGGUGGUGUUCCACAUACAGUGAUGUGUUGUUGAUUUAAUCAUAUAAGCUAGUGCUGGGGAAUAAAUGUCAUUGGUCAGCGUUGUCAUGUUUGUCCCCACAUCGUCAUACAGAGAGUAUUUUGUUUUAUUCGUUACAUCUUUUGUGUAAUUUUUUUUUUGUUUUUGCAUUUCUCUUUUCUUGGAAAUGUCUUCAUCUACGCAAGCAUGAAAUCACCUUGAAAAUAUCUGCAAGUCAUAAGUUUAGCAUGAGAAUAUUAACAAAUCUGAUUUUUUUUCUCCUUAAAUUAGGCAAAAUAUUAAACACAUCUGUUCAUAUUUCAGUCGCAUACAUUUUUUGUGACAAAUAUAUUUCUUAUAAACGAGAAGCUGUUGUGCAGGCCUUGUAGCUCUUAGGCCUACAAAACAGGCACAGCGCACUUUCUUUCACGGUCACUUAUGUCAGUCCCCGUUUAAUCGGAAAGGAAGCUGUGAAAGGCCAAUCUGUUAAUUGAGUUGGAUCUUUGAUUAUUGCUUGGCAAUUGUGUCCAAGUGUAUACAAGAUGAACAGUGUGGAUUUCUGUAUAAUCCGUUUUACGGUUGGUUUUAAGAACUACAGGUACUUAACCAAUCUGUACUUUAAAAAAAAUCUAACACUCACCUAAUAUUGCACAACUCUUUUCUAUAAAAAAAAUCUCAACGGUUAUCUCCUUAGAUCACUGUUUUUUUAUGGACUUGUUUGAAUCGUCCCAUUUGCAGUUGGAAAUAAUACAUUGCUACUAUUUAUACUUAAACCUCGCAUUCACAUAGCAAGGUCUUACCAAAUAUUAUUGAGGGUAGUUUUGAUAUCUGCUACUUGCUUGCAGCUUUAUUUGAGCCAGAAAAGUUGUAAAGCGCCUUACCAUUGCUCCUCUUGAGCAGUACACUGCUAUGUUGUUGGACAAAUGAGAUGAUAGGAAAGUAUUUGAAUUCGCCUUCUCUGUAGCUACGUAUAGGGAACUUGAUGGAUUUGUGUGAAAUCAUCAUCCUUAAAUUUUUAUUUAAAGCUUUCGUGACUGCAGGGAUUCAUAUUCUUGGUUCUUUCUGUAAAGUCACGUAGAAGGGAAACAAUAAAAUAAUAAAAAAUAUUGUUUUAUAUUUUUCUUAUUUUAUUGUUUCCCUUCUAUGUGACUUUACCGAAAGAACCAAGAAUAUCAUCAUCCUUGUUGGUGUAACUGUGCCUGAAUGCACGUGCACAAUUUGUUGCACUAAUAACAAUUUUAUGUUCUUGUAAUUUUUUUUAUUGUUGUCUUCAUCAGUCCCAUAUUAUAUACCUUUGACAGGUAGCAUAUCGUGCCGUUAUAUUUUGUGCCAUUUGUGGACACGCAAGAAUGCAUACAUUUCUUAAUAUCAGUUUGUGUGUCAUUUCCAUGCUGCCAUUUUAGUCGAGAGGAAAUGCUCCCAGGAUAGCACUCAACCCCUGAUGCAAGGGAGUGGCCUUCACUUGGUCCUCUUUUUAUUUUCAUUUUUAAACUGGUGGUUCUUUUUAUGUUUUAUAAAAAAUGGGCUCUGAUACCUGCACAUUUUGUCAAUGACACUGACAUGCAAUAUCUACAUUAAUGCUACUGGGCGCUUAAGUCACAUGACCUACUUUGAUAAUACCCUGCAACAUUACAGAAUUGAGAUUAUUUCAGCCACCUCUACAACUGUUGUGAUAACCACUAGGCUCUCCAGCCUUGUAAAUGGACCAUUAAACACUGGGAAAAUAUUAACAUGUUCCGAAUCUUUCAUAGGUUACCUUAAUGUAGCCAUAAAACUGGGACAGCAACCAUCCAUGACAUAUAUCAAUAUUUAUACUUCUGAUUAAAUGUAGCCAAACAUGAACCGACAGGAAUUGACUUUGUUCAUCUGCAAGGGUGUCUGUAUGCAUUAGCAUGGUUGGCUACGUACGGUGCAAAAUAAUUUCAGCAUACAUACAUCUACAAUAUAUCACGUAGGCUUUCGCGACCAAUAUCAUUCAUAAUAGAGGUUCUAAUACAAAAAAAACUAUAUUAUGGACAUCUACAAUACUUUCAAAUAUUACAUUUUCUCUUUGUACAUUUUUCCUUAUUUAGCAUCCCAUUUUAAAGGCUCCAAAGUCUCCAUUGACAUAAUUAGAAUGUUCCCUGAUUAAACAUUUUCCUGCAGCUAUCGUUCAACUUGGCUGGUUCCUUGAAAAUGUUGAGGUAUCGCUAUUUUACUCUCAAGUGAUAUUGAAACAAACAACAAACUCGUGCUGUCUUUUGUACUGCUGCGUUGAACUAAUUCAAAUGGCGUUUACAUAAUUUUUACUUACAUUAAUCAGGACAAUGUUACACAUGAAAGCGGACACAUACAUUUCAUUCUAGGUUCCUGACCCUCUCUGCUCACAAUCCCAGCUCUCUCUCUCUCUUCUCCUACCUCCUUAGUGCCCAAUCGCCAUUCCAUUCGUUCUCGCUCCUGGCCCCCUUAUACUUGAACAGGCUGCAGCCUACACGUCAAACAAUCAGCCUCACUGACUCUUUGUCGUUCUUCCCUUAAAACUCACUAUUUUCCCUCGCUUACCUAUUAUUAACACCAUCAUCAUCAUCCCUCUUGCCAACUUCUCUACCCAUUCAUCACACUCACUCAUCAUUAUUAACCACUCCUUGUCACUCGCAUCAUUGUUUAUUUCACGCAUCACACUCAUCUUGCACUCCCAUCCUUCUCAUUAGUUUGGCUCAUCUCAGGACACUUUGCCGCUGUACAAAUACAUCGUUAUUUGUUGAACUACCUUGGCCAAGACGCUAUAUACAUAUUCUUUGGUUCUUUCGGUAAAGUCACGUAAGUGGAAAAAUUAAUAUAAAAUAAAUUAAAUCGCGACGUUUCGAUUGCAACACAAGCAAUCAUCAUCAGGUGUGACAACCACAGCAAUAAAUACUUUUUACUGCUGUGUUUCUGUAGUUGUCACAUCUGAAGAUGAUUGCUUGUGUUGCAAUUGAAACGUGAUUUAAUUUAUUAGAUUUUUUAAUGUUUUCCACCUACGUGACUUUACCGAAAGAACCAAAGAAUAUGGAUCCUUGCAGUCACGAAAACUUAAAAUCUAGAACGCUAUAUACAUUGAGAUACGUUGAAAAAAGGGGAAAAACCCUAUUAUUACAUUUUGGUACUGGCAAAGGAGGUCUAAUGAUGUAGAUGCUAACCCCGAGCCCUCAUUACUUUGAUAGUGCAUUGUCUUUGAGCUGUACGCCUUCUGG